CGCUCUACCAUUGGACGAGGCUUGACACGUGACGAAUAACCCGCGCCGCUUUCGUUUUCGCGGGAAAAAGGCGCCAUUAGUGAGCGUAGAAACACCGCGACACAUGUGCGCUGUGCGUGAGCGUAGGCUUUCUACAUUUUUGAAGACGCGCUCGCUCCCAGCACGAUGCCGACUUGCUGUGCUGUUGGAUGUUCAAAUAGCAUUGCCAAGGGGGGCAAACUUUUUGCGGUUCCUCGUGGCAAACUAAACCUCAAACGGCGAGCGAUAUGGCUCCACCAUAUCGGAAGAAAGAACUUUGACUGCCACCGAGGGAGGCUUUGCGAGAAACACUUCACGGACGACCAGUUCGAACCAGAGAUUCUUGCGAGGACUGGCUGUAAGAAGUUAAAGCCUAAUGCAGUUCCCUCAAUAUUUCUGCAUCGGCCAGUUCCAAAAGAGCAAAAACCGCCGCGCAGAAGGCAAAAGGAAGUCGUUUAUGCUGCCGCCUCGGACAAGCCAGGGUCAUCUGCUGAGACGACCCCAGACCCUGAACCAACGUGCGACUCAUAUACUGCUGCCUUGAACAACCCAGGAUCAUCAGCUGAGGCAACCGCAGAACCUGAACCGACUUGCGGCUCACCGACUACUGACUCGGACAAGCCAGGUUCAUUAGCUGAGACAACCCCAGACCCUGAACCGACGUGCGGCUCACUGAGUGAGUUGAAAGCGCUGUUACGACAAAUAUUCUUCCCUAUAGUCUGUGUACUCACACAUAUCAUGCUUACAGCUACUGACUCGGACAAGCUAAAUUCAUUAGCUGAGACAACCCCAGACCCUGAACCGACGCGCGACUCAUAUAGUGAGUGGAAAGCAGUGUGA